AUGAAUCAAAAUGCUCAAUAUUGUAACACAUAUAAUCCGAACAGGAGGAAUCAUCCUAACUUCUCUUGGGGUGGAAAUCAGAACAUCAGGCCUCGAGCGAAUUAUAAUCAUCCACCUCAACCUCCACAGCAAUCAGAAGAGAGUUUGACUGACAUGAUGAAAAAGCUCUUGCUAGACAAUCAGAAAGUUAUGGCUGAGAAUCAACAAUUGCUCACAGCGUUCAGAAAUCUAGAGAGGCAGUUUGGAAAAAUGGCUAACAAUCAGAAUAUUAGACUUAUUGGAGCUCUCCCAAGUGAUACAGAUAAAAAUCCUCAAGUCAGUACAGUGACAUUGAGAAGUGGGAGAGAGUUAGUAGAAGUGCCUAAGAAGAAAAAGGAGCAGUCUGGGCUCGAAGAAGAAAGAGUUCCAAAACCUGUAGAGGUAGAUGAGAGAAACAAAACAGAGUCUGAGCAAAUAUUAGAGAGGGUGCCACCUCCUUUUCCUCAAAGACUGAGAAAGAAAAAUGAUGACCACAUGUUUCAGAAAUUUUUAGAUAUGUUGAAGCAGAUACAUUUGAAAAUCCAUUUGGUGGACAUGCUCAGUGAGGCCCCAAAAUAUGCAAAAUAUAUUAAGGAUAUAGUGGCAAAUAAGAGGAGGUUAACUAAAUUUGAGACCGGUGCACUUACCGAGGAGUGCACUUUCAGGAUUCAACAUAAGCUUCCACAAAAGCUUAAGGAUCCGGGUAGUUUUACUAUCCCCGUAAGGAUUGGUGAAACUGAUGUGGGUAGAGCCUUGUGUGAUUUGGGUGCAAAUUUUAUCAUCCUAGACUACGAGGCUGAUGGGUUAGUUCCUAUCAUCUUGGGACGACCUCUUUUGGCCACUGGAGAUGCCAUUAUCAAAGUUCGAGAAGGUAAGAUGAUCCUGAGGGUGGACAAUGAAGAAGCGGUCUUCAAUGUAUAUCGAGCCAUUAAGUUGCUUCGUCAUUACAAGGACCUGGCCAUGAUUUCUGUGGUGAAGAUAAAUGAACCGGCCGUAGAGCCAAGUGCAUUUAAAGAAGAUGCACUAGAAAAGGCAUUGAUGUUGUUCAAUCACUUGGAACUGGAGGAAGAGGUUGAGGAGAUAUUGCAAAUUUUGGAUGCAUCUUGUGAAUACAUAAGAGAAAGAUCCCAAUUUGAGCCUCUGGAUAGGCCAAUCGGCCUGCCCCCUAGACCCUCAGUUGAGGAGGCUCCAAAACAGGAACUUAAACCCUUACCAUCUCAGCUUCAUUAUGAAGAAAAGCUCUUAAGGGUGCUGAGGGAGCACAAACAUGCCAUUGGUUGGACAAUGUCUGACAUAAAGGGUAUUAGCCCUGCAUUCUGCUUGCACAAAAUACUCAUGGAGGAGGGACACAAGCCUAGCGUAGAACAUCAACGCCGCCUAAAUCCAAUCAUGAAAAAGGGGGGUAUGACUGUUGUAGUGAAUGAACAAAAUGAAUUAAUCCCAACUAGGACGGUGACUGGUUGGCGAAUAUGCAUAGAUUAUAGGACGUUGAGUAAUGCUACACGAAAAGAUCACUUCCCCCUCCCCUUCAUUGAUCAAAUGCUUGACAGGUAUAUGAUGGCUAUUUUCACCAAUAUGGUGGAACAGUUUGUGGAGGUUUUUAUGGAUGAAUUUUCUGUGUUUGGUCCUUCUUUUGAUGAAUUCUUGACCAAUCUUGCUAAAGUGUUUGCCAGGUGUGAGGAGACUAAUCUGGUACUGAAUUGGGAAAAGUGUCAUUUUAUGGUACGUGAAGGUAUAGAGCUGGGACACAAGGUGUCCAAAGAUGGAAUGGAAAUUGACAAAGCUAAGGUGAAAUUAAUUGAAAAGUUGCCACCAUCGAUUUCAGUGAAAGGAGUUAGGAGUUUUCUGGGACAUGCAGCAUUCGAGGAGCUGAAAAAGAAAUUAGUGAGUGCACCAAUCAUAGAGGCUCCUGACUGGAAAGAGCCAUAUGAGCUUAUGUGUGACGCUAGUGAUGGUGCAAUUGAGGCCGUGUUGGGCCAGAGGAGGAGCAAAAUUUUUCACUCCUUUUUCUAUGCAAGCAAGACUCUUUCUCCUGCUCAAAUAAAUUAUACUGUGACAGAAAAGGAGUUGCUUGCUGAAUUUGAUUUGGAGAUUCGAGACCGUAAAGGAAUAGAGAACCAAGUGGUUGAUCAUUAUCCAGGUUAA